GGGGUGCUAUGACUAGGACGCUCUCGACGCGAGCACAGUCAUUCGAAUCCAGUAUUAGUGCGGUGUAGAGUGCUCGGUGUUUUGUAAUCCACUUAUUCGAAUUCUCCUUUCUCUUUCUCUCUUCAUUUCUCCCUCUCUGUCUGUUUCUUUCUUUUUCUCGCGCGACCACGAUCGAUUAGUGUGUAAACAUGCCUUUCAAGCCCGUGGAACAUCCAAAAUGCCCUAAAUGUGGCAAAUCCGUUUAUGCUGCAGAAGAGCGGGUUGCCGGUGGACUGAAAUGGCACAAAACGUGCUUCAAGUGCGGUCUUUGCGGCAAGCCGCUCGACUCGACAAACUGCUCCGAGCACGAGGGCGAGCUGUUUUGCAAAGUCUGCCACGGUCGCAAGUUCGGCCCUAAGGGCUACGGCUUCGGUGGCGGAGCUGGCUGCCUGUCCAUGGACCAAGGCGAGCAUCUUCAGGCGAAGAGCGAGGGUGAAUUUUCGCGGGGUUCGAAUGCCAUUCUUGAGCCGCGAGUUAUCGCCAAAGCACCCGAAGGAGAGGGAUGUCCUCGUUGUGGAGGAUAUGUUUAUGCCGCCGAGCAGAUGUUAGCCCGAGGAAGGGCUUACCAUAAACUGUGCUUCAAGUGCAAAUUAUGUCGCCGCACUCUGGAUUCGACACUUCAUUGCGACGGUCCCGACCGCGAGAUAUACUGUCGAGCUUGCUAUCCGAAGAAAUUCGGUCCGCGGGGUGUCGGCCAUGCCGGGAUUAUGUGGAUCGGGCUGCAGUGCGAUAUUGAGGACGAGGGCGAUGCGGCUCCUCGCACCACUGUGAUCGACACCGCGAUAAUCAAGGCCCCGCCCGGCAAGGGUUGUCCCCGCUGCGGUGGCGUCGUCUUUGCCGCCGAGCAGGUGCUCGCCAAGGGCCGCGAGUGGCACCGGAAAUGCUACAAGUGCCGCGAUUGCACCAAGACCCUGGACUCGAUCAUCGCUUGCGACGGCCCGGACCGUGACGUUUACUGCAAGACCUGUUACGGGAAGAAAUGGGGACCGCACGGAUAUGGAUUCGCAUGCGGCUCGGGAUUCCUCCAGACCGACGGACUCACGGAGGAAGAAAUUUCGGCCAGUCGACCUUACUACAAUCCUGACACGACCUCGAUUAAGGCGCCAGCUGGGCAGGGUUGCCCCCGUUGCGGUGGCAUGGUGUUUGCCGCGGAACAACAGCUCGCCAAGGGCACCAUGUGGCACAAGAAGUGCUUCAAUUGCGCCGAGUGUCACCGACCCUUGGACUCCAUGCUGGCAUGCGAUGGCCCCGACAAGGAGAUCCAUUGCCGCGCGUGCUACGGAAAGCUCUUCGGGCCCAAAGGUUUCGGAUUCGGCCACAAGCCAACUCUCGUCUCGACGAAUGGAGAUCAUGCCCCGUCAUACAUCGACGCUAAGCCUCAGGUCGGCCAGAAGCGAAACGAUGGACACGGUUGCUCACGCUGUGGCUACCCGGUGUACGCUGCCGAGCAGAUGAUCUCGAAGAACCGUGUGUGGCACAAGCGAUGCUUCAACUGUGGCGAGUGCCAUCGUUCCCUGGAUUCGACGAACUUGAACGAUGGCCCGGACGGGGACAUCUAUUGCCGUGGUUGCUACAACCGGCACUUUGGACCCAAAGGCGUAGGCUUUGGAAUGGGCGCGGGCACCCUCACGAUGGCCUAAUUGAUAGGCUUUACCCCCCCUUACACGCCGCUCGAGGAAAAACCCUCGAUCCAGUCUUAUAUAUUAAUGUAAAUACAUCUAUAUAUAGAGGCGUCUGAGUAUGUAUUCGACGACAGACGAACGCGCUGCUCCGGGAAUUUCGAUUUCUCCUUUCCUAACUUACGACGAUUCGAUAAUGUCGAUGACUACAUUUUCAUUAUUGCGAAUAGCGCCGUAGUAGAGGAUAAUGGUGUUUGUUUGACUUUAUGGUCGACGGAAAUCGACCGUGCACGAUGAGCCACUGCAAAUUGUUGAUAACGUAGCGAUAUGAAAUUGCACACUGAUCGUAUUACGAAUAAAUUAAUUCUUGAUUUAAUAAUUUAUUUAUUCGUAAUACCGAGAUAUAAACUUGUCGUUUUAAUAAUUGGCAAAAAUCAUGAUACUGUCAGCGAUGCAGUAUCACGCUCUUCAUCUAGAAAUGAAGCUUCGACAUUAAAGAGAUUAAAAAAUGCGUUUAGACAUUUAAAAAGAAAAAAAA